GUGAUCCGACAGGAAUCCGCCUGUAACCUCCGAUCCCGGCCAGCAAAGCCCUCCGAUCCACGGAAAGCAUGUCGGAUCCAGCUAACGCCGCUGCAACGUCCUACCCGGCCCCGAUUGUUUCUUUACCUAUCGGGCUAGACAUAUUGAGGACAUACUCCGGGGCGCUGAUCUGCCUGGAAAUUAUAUUCGGAGGACUAGUAUGGAUCCUGGUGGCCUCAUCCAACUUACCGGUGCCCUUGCUGCAAGGCUGGGUGCUGUUUGUCUCAGUGAUCCUGUUUUUCUUCUCGACUGCCUUCCUCCUGCUGUUUCUCCUGGGCUAUGUGGACAAAAUCAAUACGGACUGGAAUUUCCUGGACAUGGCGUACCACUUUGGCGCCCUGCUGCUCUACUUCAGCGCCUUCGUGCUUGAAGCGGCAACCACGGCCGCCGGAAGCAUCAGCGGCAAUGACACGGCCUGCGUGUCCAAACCGGAACAGAACAUCAUCGCCUAUUUGGACAGUCGCCAGUACAGCAUCAACGUGGCAGCCACAAUAUUUGCGUUUGUGGUGUCCAUCCUCUACGGCUGCAGCAUGUUCAUGGGCUUCAAAAGAUGGAGGAAGUAACCGUUCAUCAACCCCCCCCCCCCCCCGCCGAGGGUUUGCACGAUGCCUACCCCACCCCUUCUCACACAAACAGGACUGUCGAUUUUCGCUACCGAGGAUUGCAAAGCUGAUGUCGGUAUUAUCUAUGAAGCAUGUUCCAAAAAAAGAGGUGUUUCUGUGCACUUGAACAUAGCGGUUUAAUGUACAGAAUGGAUCCCUCCAUUGUUUUACUCCGAUUGCCAUCGUUUUUACAGUGCUCUGACAAGUCGUAGGGUAUUUAUUUGGCUUUUUAUGCUAUAGUGAGCCCACGUUAGGAACUUUCUGCCUUGUGCUGCAUGGUUCUUAUGUGGCAAAUCACAAACAAUGUAGUCGGUGCCCAUGUGGCCCUUGUGUGCUCUUAUUGCUUUGUUGUUUUUUUUGCUAACACUUUACUGAGAGGGCACAAGUAACUUAGGAACUCAGUUACUACUCAAGUACAAACCAUGAACAAAUAUAGUAACGUCUAAAUAUAGUAACUAUAUAGUAUUUUUUGUGCCCCCUACAGUAAUGUGUUGCAUUUUUUUUUUAUAAACUUUUGAAAUGUACCUGCAGGUAGCUGUACCCGCAUUCUCCCGAUCCUGCACCUGUAGGUGCUGUGGUCUAACCUCCCCGNAUUCUCCCGAUCCUGCACCUGUAGGUGCUGUGGUCUAACCUCCCCGGAUUCUCCCGAUCCUGCACCUGUAUAUUCAGCUGAGGUGGUGCUGUGGUCUAACCUCUCGGUUACUAAGCAAUAGAUAGCCGUGCAUUUAAUCACAUGCAUAAAACUGAACAUUUUUGCAUAAAUGUUCUAUUUCAAGGCCCUCCGUGUUUUAUUUCAGGUGUUUUUAAAAUACUAAAUAAGCAAAGCUGGAGAAUAUGUUAAGUAAUUUUGACCUUGAUUACCAUGUGCAUUUAAAGCGAGAAAAUAAAAAGUUGGCAUGAGUCAUGCCAGCAGAAAACA